AUGCCGGACAUUUCCGACGCUGUCAAUGUGUCCGAGCAUUCGGACUGCGACUCGCACUGCGGCGACAUGGACGACAGCGACAUCGCGGAGGGCCUGGAGGAGCACCUCAUCGCUCUCCGUGACGCUGCCGAGGAGGGGGAGUUCCCGUUUGACCCCGCUUUGGGAGCUCGGCGGUUUCUCUACCCCCACGCCGCUGCCGCCGACGCUGCCGACGACGUCAUGCAGGUCGAGCAGGAGUCUCGCAAGAGGAAGCCUGCUGAGGCCUCCUCCGACUCUGAAGCCACCCCCACCGCCGCUGCCCGGGGAAAGAAGCAGAAGGCAGCAUAUGACGCGGAGGGUUUCACCAUCCCCCGCAAGACGGCGCCUCGCCGCCACCUCACCGUGCCGCCGACAGUCCCGGUGCACAACCAGUUCGCGCCGAUUUCUGACGGCACGGCAGACACUUCCCCCCCUCCCUCCCAGCCCUGCCACCCCAAACCUCCACCGUCCCCUCCCAUUCUGGUGGAAUAUCCAAAACCUUGCAUAACUCUCCGCCAACUCCUGGACCACAUCACUGCCUCUGACUACCGUGUGAAGCAGACAGGUGAAGACCUCUACCGCCUCUACCUCCAAUCCCCCGACGACCUCAAGAAGGUCAUUCAUACUCUUGGCGAAGGGAACAUCGGCUGCUCCAUCUCCCCACAGCGGUCGAGACGGCUCCGGGUUGUAGUCCGCGGCCUCCCUUUUAAGUAUGAGGCCGACGACCUCCGGGAGGCGCUGCUUGCCCUCAACAUCACCCCUGCUGUCAUCUCCCGUGUCGUCUCUCCCCGCACCAAACUCCCCACCCCCCUUUAUUUUGUCUCUGCCGACGACACACCAGAAAAUAGAGUCCUCCUGACUCUCCCUGCCAUCGACCGCUGUUCGGUCACCAUCGAGAAGCCCCGUUCUCGGCGCCUCAUUCUCAUUUGCUACCGGUGCCAGGGCCUGGCGCACUAUGCGAGUGAUUGCACUCGUGCAGUGCGGUGUGUCAAGUGCGCCGGUGGACACGAAUCCACCUCCUGCUCUAAACCUCGGGAAGUCCCCCCCACCUGUGCUCGCUGUGGUGGCGCCCACACAGUGUUGCUCGCCAUGGCACGAGUGGGCGGCGCGGUGACCAUCAGCAUACCUCAGGGUGCGCUCCGAGGCCGCAGGCUCAAGACGCCCUCCGGCAGAACUUACUGCAGUUUCCAGGGCAUCCCUUAUGCCAAGCCACCCGUAGGACCGCUCAGGUUCAAGUCGCCGGAACCACCAGAACAAUGGAGCGGCAUACGAAACGCGACAAAGGAAGGCAAUGUAGCUCCGCAAAUAGACUUCCUUAUGACAGCCAAGACGGAAUAUGAGGGAGACGAAGAUUGUCUGUAUCUAAACGUCUACACUGCUAAGCUUCCAACAAGAGAAAAUGAAGAUCUCAUCCCCGUUAUGGUGUGGAUACAUGGCGGAGGAUUUUUGGUAGGUUCUGGGAAUGCGGAAAUUUAUGGGCCAGAUCAUCUCAUGGAACAUGAUGUUUUGUUAGUGACCUUCAACUAUCGUCUUGGAGCGCUCGGGUUUCUGUCUACGGAGGACGAGUUGGUGCCCGGAAACGCAGGUCUCAAAGAUAUGGUGAUGGCUUUGAAGUGGGUGAAGAGCAACAUCGCCAGAUUUGGCGGUGACCCGGGCAACGUCACCAUAUUUGGUGAGAGCGCGGGUGCCGUAGCCUGUCAUAUACUCUCUAUGUCUUCUGCAGCCAAAGGUUUGUUCCAUCGCAUCAUUUGCCAAAGCGGGGCCCUAACGGAAGGUGUUAUGAACACUAACUGCAGAGAGAGAGCAUUCCGACUGGCCAGGUUCCUGGGUUUCACCGGGAACACCACGGAGGAACUGGUCGCCUUCAUGAGGGAGCAGCCGGCAAGAAAACUCGUCGAACAUGCGUCCGAGGCAGCUACUAAGGAGGAGAGGACGGAAUUCGCGCCUUUCGGAGCAUCGAUUGAGCCUCCUGGUGUACCAGACAGUGUGCUGACCCAAGAUCCUUUCGAAGUACUAAGGAGUGGAAAAUUUAAGCCUGUGCCAUUGCUCCUAGGUAUCACCUCUCGUGAAGGACUCAUUUUUAUGCAAGCACUCUCCAGAGACAAAGCAGCAUGGCGAGAACUCAACCUGAGUUUUCAGAAAGCCCUACCUACCAGCAUUCCCAUCAAGAAGGAGGAGCGUGUCACUGUUGCUCGAGAUAUCAAGCGGUUUUAUUUUGAUAACCAGCCGAUAGAGGAAUCUACAGUUGAUUUGUACGCUGACCUCCGUGCAGAUCUGCUGAUCACAUAUCCCUCGGUGACAGCUGCCAGGAUUCUCUCUUCCAUGUCUGCAGCUCAGCCCGUCUACUUGUAUCACUUCGACGUCGUCUCGAAACUUAACGUUUUCAAGAAACAAUAUGGUGGAGAACAGUUUUCUGGUGCCAGCCACUGUGAUGAUAUACCCUACUUGUUCUGUGGAGAAAAAACGAAGGACAUCCCGAAGGGACCAGAAACCGUAGAAGGCAAAGCGAUAGCGCGUAUGACGCGGCUUUGGACAAAUUUCGCCAAGACUGGGAAUCCGACGCCUGAUCCAGGUGACACUCUGUUGUCGGUGACGUGGUUACCUUUCAAGAAGAACGAGGGCCAUUACCUAGACAUCACCAACGAUGGAUUAAUUUCUAAGAAGGAUUUGAUGAAGGAUCGCAUUGACUUCUGGGACAAGAUCCUCAGAAAGUAAAGGAACUACAGAGCGUCCAACAAACUAUGAACACACUGAAUACAUAUAGAUAUUUCCUGACAUUAAUAUAUUGCCAUACAUCGUUUAUUACCGUCAUUCACGCUUGUCUUCCGGUAAAACAAUAAAGUGAAAACUUAAGUCUCGAAACUGGUGAUGAUACUUCAU